ACAAUAAACGUCAUUUGUGAGUGAUGCUCAUCUCAUCUCUUCGUCCAACGCUUCUGCCUUCUUUCUCGCCUUGAAUGCUGCUCAUCCAGCCGGCGGGUGCUUGGAUUGUGCUGCGGUGGCCUGCGUAUCUAGCGGCGUUGCGUAUGCGGCGAAUUGCGUGGUCCCUGCAGGCGGCAGAUCCGAGAUCAGGAGUGAACUCGCUCACUCGACUCGACCGCGGCGAGGCUAAACUUGAGUGUGGUUCCCUGUCCGACUUUCCCUCCCCUGUGCUUUCCCGGCCGCGACGUUCCCGUCCGUCUUCUUUUUUUCCCGCCCCAACACCAACAACAAUAUUCCCACGAUCGUCCAACAUCCCGUAUAACAGAUAUUCCAUUUUCCUGUCCGAUAAUGUCGACAGUUACUUCAAACCCUACCUGGGUAGACACGCGGACGGUGCCGCCGCCCAAAAGUAUACGCGAUGAUAGCAAGAAGAGCGAUUUCCUUGCCGAGGACCAAUUGGCCCACCUCAAGACCUACCGCUACCAGUCCGUCGACAAGUCGCUGAUUUCGAACCACAUCUUGAAACAUUACUGGAAUUUCAUGGUCGAGCUGCUGCCACGAUGGUUAGCACCCAAUGCCGUAACGCUCGUCGGCUUCGGCUUCAUCCUGUUCAAUGUCAUCUGUCUGGAGAUAAUGAUGCCGGACCUGGUGGGUCCGGGUCCGCCGUGGCUCUACUAUUCGUUCGCGUUCGGACUGUGGGCGUACUCCACUAUGGACAACAUCGACGGAAAGCAGGCUAGGCGUACGGGCUCGAGCUCGCCGUUGGGUGAACUUUUCGACCACGGAAUCGAUUCGUUGAACUGCACUCUUGCGAGUCUGUUGGAGACUGCUAGCAUGGGAUUGGGGACUAGCCCAGCGGGAGUCCUCACGGCGUUGAUCCCUUGCUUGCCUAUGUUCUUCUCGACCUGGGAGACGUAUCACACGCAUGUGCUUUACCUCGGAUACUUCAACGGACCUACCGAGGGACUCAUCAUUGCCUGCACCCUCAUGGUGAUCUCUGGAGUUUGUGGCCCCGAGAUCUGGGACAUGAAGCUCAAGGACACUAUCGGUGAUCACUCGCUCCUCGGCGAGUACAGCUUCCGCGACCUCUGGGUGCCCAUUCUCGUCAGCGCGUUCAUGAUCGCGCACCUGCCGUCCUGUGUGUACAACGUUGCGCAGGCCCGUAAGAGACAGAACCUGCCGGUGCUCCCGGUUUUCUUGGAGUGGACUCCCAUCAUCAUUUUCUCUGCGUCCUGCUGGCUGUGGCUUGCGUCGCCAUUCACCUCGCUGCUUACCGACAACCGCCUCGUCCUGUUCUGUCUGACCUUGUCUUUCGUCUUUGGACGCAUGACCACAAAGAUCAUUCUGGCCCACUUGACCAAGCAGCCUUUCCCGUACUGGACUAUCCUCCUAGCCCCACUCAUGGGUGGUGCCCUCUUGGCUAAUCUUCCGUUCAUCGGACUGCCCGCUAUUUCCGCCGCCGCCGAGCUCUGGUAUCUCCGUGCCUACCUCGUUUUCGCUGUGGUCGUCUACUUUCGUUGGGCACUCCUCGUGAUCAACUCGAUCUGCGGCUACCUCGGUAUCCAAUGUCUCCGCAUCACGCCCAAGGACCCUCCCGGAGGCGUCCUCAACGGCAUCCCUAAGGAGCGCGCCGCAUAAACCCCCUACCACCACAAACUGAUAGACUAUUCAACUAGUUGCAACUUUUGCUUUUCGAUGCCUUUCUCGUUAGUUCUUCGGGUAUAUAAUUUCGCGACAUAUCAUCAUUUAACAUCACAUCUUAACUCUACUACGAAAUGCGAAUUAGCGGUUGUUUUCAUGUUAUGUUUUUGACGACGCAACGCAUGAGGGGAGGGGACUGAGCGGGUAGGGGGAGGAUUUUGGCGAGAUGGGAUUAUCCUCUGUUUCUGUUUGGCAUUUGUGUCCGCGAAUACCUGGAAGUGAGCGUGGGUGUCAACGGAGAGAUAUUUGUGGAUUAUUUUUCUUGGAUGCGAUCGAUAUAGACGGGAUUUGGACAGGGGUGGGACGAGGUCGUACGAGAUGGGUAAUGGGGCGGGAUGAGUGGUGAAAUGGAGUUUGACGAUGCU